UCAUUCAAGGAAACUCCUUAAAGAAGGUAUUACAUGUGACAACGAUUAGGCAUUAAAAAUAAUCAAGAAACAAUAUCAUAUUGGGAAAUUAAAUUUAAUAAUCUCAUGCAUGAGUCGAUCUUCUUGACAUUUUAAAUUAGGUCAUUGUUAAUUUGCGUAUUAUUCAAUGUUACCUUUCGAUUUUUACGAACGAAUUCCUUUCGACAUUAGCUCUGAUCAGUAAAAAAAGGUUAAGUGUUUCACCUCGCGGAAUAUUUUACGAAAAUACACAAUAUUACUUGUUAAUAUUCAAAGCAAAUAUAUUGUAUAUUUACUUUUUAUAUUGACGGCAAUGACAGCAUUCUAAAUACGAUAAAUGUACCAAGAAUAGGCCCUGUUUCUCAAAUACAUGUAGGUAAUAAUAAUAAUAAAUCCAUCUAUAUGACAUAGACAGAGAAAAUCUAUUAUAGUAUAAUUACAAUUGAGGAGGAAAACACAUUGUCCUAAAAAAAUCCCAGCUAUGUGCUGUUACUGGAACAUUAUUACGUAUGGAAUAUUGGUUAAAAAUAUUUCCUUAAGUUGUGCAAUUUUCUCAAGUUAUGAUUUCUCUCGGCUAUAGAUGCGAGUUUAAGUAUUUCAAGUAGGUAGGUACGUAUGUACUUAGUAUUUAUAUACCUUUAUAUUGUUAAUGUUAAAUUGUGCGCAUCUACAAUUCAAACCUGUCAAAUGCAAAUCGGACGCGAAGUGUUCUGUACCAUUAUCUAUAAAUAUGCAAAAAAAUUAGUAGCGUGAUCAUGAAGUUAGAUAUUUUUAAUAAAAUAUGCUUAAAAAAUCCACUCGGUCCCUGGCACCCUGGGAUGCGAAAGUUCAUAGGUUCGAAUCCCGUGUGUGUAGUAAAAUAUAAAAUAAUAUCAGUUUCGUUUUCCAAUUAUAUUCUAAUUGGAAAAGGAAGCUGAUAUUAUUUUAUAUACUUGUCAUUUUCUCUUUGUCGCACAUAAGCUUUAAUGCGUCUGUGUCCUUUUCAGGUAGAACUUUCGGGCGUCCAUUUAUGAAGAAAAUGAUGGGUGCGCUGAUGCCGCUCAUCUUUCAAAUAGGCGCGGCGUCCACGUGGGCGGUGGUGGCCGCGCUGGUCGGCGUCAAGACGCUAUUCGUCACACUGGUCAUACUGAAGCUGCUGCUGGUCGCUGGCGCUGCUAAGGCAGGAGCGCUUUUUGCGAGCAAGGGACAUCAUCAACCACAUGGGUGGGAGCAGCAACCGCUUCAAAAAGAAAUUCAUCUUCACAUACACAACAGCGGACAUCAAACUGCUCAUGAAGAACAUAUAACACCUUCAUGGAACAGAAACGAAGCACAGCCCGAGAAAGACAUCAGUAUGGUGAUAAAUCCUUAUGUUGGAUACUCGAGUGGACCGCAAACAAUCAGCACGCCCUUUGGGAAUUAUGUCAAAAUUGAUUAAAGUAUCGAUUUUAUUAAAUUUGAUUAAACCGUGGAAUUU